CCUAUGCUUCUCCCUCUUCCUACUGAAUCUUCGCGUGUGUCCCAUCCAUCGAUCGAAUAGCUUCUCUCCGAGGCCUCGUGUUUUUACAGCUUUAUCUGACAGGACACUUGCUUCGUUUGAUCUCGUGUGGAGUCGGGUUGAUCGAGGACGGUUAAUCGGGACGGAGAGAAAUGGGCAAAUCAUGGGCGCUCCUCACCCACCUCCACUCCGUCGCCGGGCCAAGCAUUACGCUGCUGUACCCUCUUUACGCGUCGGUCUGCGCGAUGGAGAGCCCGUCCAAGGUGGAUGACGAGCAGUGGCUGGCUUACUGGAUACUCUACUCCUUCAUCACCCUCCUGGAGUUGGUCGCCGAGCCCGUCCUCUACUGGAUACCGGUGUGGUACCCGGUGAAGCUGCUGUUCGUGGCGUGGCUGGCGCUACCGCAGUUCAAGGGCGCGUCCUUCAUCUACGAGAAGCUCGUCAGGGAGCAGCUCAGGAAGUACCGCGGCAGGGCGCGCAGAGGCGACGCCGACCACAAGGUGCACAUCGCCAAGGCUGAGGCCAACCAUGGUCAUGUGCAUUGAGGAAGAGGGACCUGCUGAUGGAUGAUCCAGGAGACCAGGAUGUGUAACCUACUUUUGUGCAGGAUCGUUAAGUUGACUAGUACUAGCUAGGUGUAUCACUGUUCGAACCUGUUGUUUCAUUUCCUGUGGAGAUGGAACAGGGGCGACAGCCCUGUUGCCUGUUGGUCUAAAAACACAAGCCUAGCUAGGUGUACCAUGUAUCUGAAAUGUGUCUUGAGACUUGCAGUUUAAAUCAAACGCUUCGUAUUGUAAGAGUUAUAGUUAAUCAAACCCUUCUGAUUGUAAGCACGUCGAGAAGGAUGAUACCACAUGCAUGCGUGCUCAACUAAUUCGGGACCGUCAUCUUUGGUA